UUCGAUUCCAGCUGUUGUCUGCAGUCACUGUAUCGAUUGCACACUUACAGCCACACCGCCGAAGUUUGUUAGGGCAUGGUAUUAAGUUCAUGUUAAUGUCUGCGGGGUAAAACAUGGACAGCGGUUUUCUUCGAGACAUGCACACAGCAAGACCUGGGCAUCAGAGACUGCCUCAUUCACUUUAACUUGUUCACAACCCUCCCUAAUCGGCUGGGUUCUACCAGCCUUUUCCCUUUUGUAUUUCCAUAUUUGCGAAGAUACCUAGACAACUACCAUGGAAUCCCAACCUCCACGCAUCCGCGUCGCCAUAUCGGGAGGGGGCCUAGCAGGUGCUUCACUCAUCCAAGCUCUCCUCAAACAUCCACAGUUGGACGCGCAUAUCUUUGAAUCGGCCACGAUGUUCAAAGAAGCUGGGAUGGCCAUAGGAGUUACCCGCAACGCACUCACAGCACUCGAUCUCCUCGGUUCAGCCGCCGUCAAAGCCCUUGAGAAUGCUGGAGCAGUGCCCAUGCGCGGGGUCCGGUUCCUCCUUGCCCAGGGGGACAAACCGGGGACUGUGUUGGAUGAAGUCGACUACGACAGUUCGGGGAACAAACGUCUUACAAGUAUUGUUCAUCGGGCCGAUUUUCUCCGCGAACUACUGAGCAGCGUUCCGCAAGACCGAAUGCAUCCGUCCAAGAAGCUCAGCAACAUCACCACUGACGCGGAUAGCGAUGAGGUCACAAUGCACUUUACAGAUGGGACAGUUCACAAGACGGACAUUUUGAUAGGUGCGGACGGCAUUCACAGCACAGUCCGUAAAUUCAUACUCGGUGAAGACGACCCAGCCUCUGCACCUCGAAACACUGGUGUUUGGACCGCCAUGACUCUGCAACCGUAUGCUCAAGCGCGGGCAAGUAUCGGGACGGAGGCGGUCAAUUUGGACAGUCCAUUUGAACAUUCAUGGAUAGGCAAGGGGUCAUUUGUGAUGCACAACUUGCUCAGCAAAGGGCAAUUGGUCCAGUUUGUCAUUGCCGCCAGAGAUAGAACUGAAGGAAAAGCUGAUGAGUGGCACCGUCUGGUGAGCUCGCAAGAAAUCAAGAAUGCAGUUCAAGGGUGGCCUGACCAUUUGGUCAAGGCAAUUGAUGCCCUGCUCUGUGCCCAACCCACACAACCAGCCAUGUAUCUCUGGGACCAUGCUCCAGCGCGUCGUUAUGUCUCUGGGCCGGUUUGCAUCAUGGGCGAUGCCGCGCAUGCUACUACUCCGUGGCAGGGAUCGGGAGGUGGAAUGUCCCUCGAGGACAGCAUGAUAUUGUCGUCUCUUCUUGGUGAAGUCAAGACAGCGGCUGAGGCGAAAGUCGCACUGGGGGUGUAUGAUCAUGUUAGGCGUGCCAGGACGCAACGCAUCGUCCAGUCCAGUCGCGAAACAGGAGAGAUUCUGCUUGGUGGCGACGCGGUUGACACAUAUUUGCGGGAGCCAGGUUCAUUUCUUCAUCGGUGGGAGUUUAUAUUGGACCUGGACGUUGAGCGGCACCGUGAUGAUGCCCUGCGCGAAUUGCACGCAGCCUUGAACGAAGCUCAUCAAACUUCAUGAUCGCCAAGUGUGUAGGGAUAGCUAAAACAGUUGACAUUCCGAGUUAGUCGAGCCUGUACAUGUCGGCUUGACUUUAGCCCUGCAGUUCUCUAAGACUUCUGAAUGUUCAUCUUCCACCGCAGCAAACCUGUUUUGUUC